GAAUCCCAAUAUCGAACGAUUUCGUAAUAAUUUCGUCGGGUUACAAUUUUAUUCUUCAUCCUUCUCGCCGUCGACCAGCCUCGGACGCCGCCGCAUUCGCCGUCGAACAACCGCCGACGCCGCCUCGUCUCAGUCCAACCUUCGUGAGAUGGCAUGGCUUGUGGCUACUCUUUCACUGAUUGUUAUCUGGGUAGCUUCUAUAUUCAAAGUUUUCUUUGGAGCAACGUCUAGCUCCAAAGCUGCAGUUCUUGAUGAUGGUAACAAGAAGAAUGUGUUGUUUGUCAUCGCACAUCCUGAUGAUGAGUCAAUGUUCUUUUCUCCAACAAUAAACUACUUAGCUUCCAAUGGCUACAACCUUCACAUGUUAUGCUUCUCCACUGGAAACGCUAAUGGCAUGGGAAGCAUUAGGAAAGAUGAGUUGCAUCAGGCUUGUGCAGUGCUCAGGGUUCCUCUUCAACAGUUAAAAGUUCUGGACCAUCCAGAUUUACAGGAUGGUUUUGGGCAAGUAUGGAGCCAUGAUUUGUUAGCAAAGGUCAUCGGUGAAGAAGUCAGUAAUCACGAUAUUCACACGAUCAUAACAUUUGAUAACUAUGGUGUUUCUGGUCAUUGCAAUCACCGUGAUGUGCACCAUGGAGUAUUAAAGUUCUUGCAGACUAAUUCCGAAAGAAAUAUCAAAGCUUGGGAACUCGCAAGUCUUAAUAUCUUUCGCAAGUACUCUGGACCUAUCGACAUUUGGCUGUCGAUUUUCUCCUCCAAAAGAAAUGCGAGCAAGGCCAUCAUCAUAAACGAGCAGCCUUGGAAAAGCUAUAAAGCAAUGGCACAACAUUUAAGCCAAUGGGUUUGGUUCCGAAAGCUUUUUGUUUCGUUUUCAAGCUAUACAUACGCAAAUACACUUGAUAGGAUCAACCCUUAACCGGUUAACACUUGAUGACUGCCGUAUUCAUACAGCUCUUGUCGAGGCAAAGGCGAAACAGUUUUGAACAAAAGAUGUAGCUUGUAAUGUUGCUUUGCCUUUUUUGCAUCAAUAUUAUAAAGGGAUAAAAAUUCCAUUUCUGAAAAUUACCCUCGUAUGUAAACACAACCACAACCUUAUUUUCCUUUCCUUAAGAGUUUAAAACAAUGUACAUAUA